ACAACCGUGACAUAAAACAUUGGUUGUGGCGUAUCGUCCUUUUUUAGGGUCGAAAUGUUGUUUGAGUGAACACAAUCGGUCAAAAAAAGUGAGUGUAAGGUAGAAAAUGAUUGUGGCGACGUUUUAAUUCGUUCAGGCACCGCGGAAGACGACUAAAGAGGCAGCCGCUGACGCUCAAACGCUUUCCCACCAAACACUAAAUAACAUGAUCACAAGGUACAGAGUAAUAUGAUUUAACAAUUAUAAUAUAACUUUUGAUCAUCUUAAGUUGUUAUACAUACAUUCUAUUUUUAUAUCGAUCUAUCAAUCGAAUAUGUUUAGGCUGUUUUAGUAUCAGAUUUCCGUAAAGUUGGUGUAUUGGUGGUAAAAAGCCUAAAUCAGUGCGCCGGAAUAUUACAAAUUGGUCCGCACCAUUGCAUCUUCCAUUAGAUCUCCCACUUCUGGUAAAUGCUCGGGUCUUCGGAUCUCCAUGCACCCAACUUAAAGCCGGCUUUUAGAAGACUGAAUUUGACCACGUCAAGAUGAUAACUUCAGAGGAUCAUUUUGGAAAGCUCCUUCCAGAGCCACAGAAUACAUCACAAUACCGUUUUCGUGGUGACCUGUGCUACCCAUUAACAGUGAACUUGUGUUUAAAAUGGUUCUCGUUUAAACGUAAUGUUGGUAUCUCUUUGCACGACCAUUUAAAUUCUCUCUGCAUUUCAUGUAAAUGCAAAUUCUGAAGGAUCAAUUGAUUAAAACUAAAGUGCCAAAGCUAAAUCCGUGGUACUUCUUAAUUGAGUCUAUAAGGAGCAGUAAUGAAACAAGAAAACAGCGAAUCUUAAAAAUAAAAAAGAUUAACAUAAUGACGGUGAUGAAUAUAUAGAGCAUAUGUUAAUGCACAGUAGUCCACUUCCCUCUGCAAAUGUGAGGUUGUGAGGGUAUUUCAUGGUUCAAACGAAUGUGAUACCAUUACUGCUGCAGAUAAAGCAGCCUCACUUUUAAUUGGCUCUAGUCCUGUCUUUUUAGCAGAUAUUAGACUUUAAAUUGGCCUAUUUAAAAACAGUAUUCAUGUCCUUGCCCUGGUAACGGUAUACAGCACUGCCCCAUUGCUUUAAUCAUAAAAGGUCACACUUGGGUAAAUUCGGUAAAAACAAAUUCGAAUGCGUAUUUGGAUACAUUUCCACGUUGUCUCCGUCCAGUGUCUUCGUGGGCUUAAUGGCGUUAUGGGACGGACGGAUGGGAUGUAGCCCAAACAACACGAGAACAUAACGCGUAUUGUGUCGGCUUCGGAUGCAGCAGCAGCAGCAUCAGCAUCAUCAUCCUCCUCUCCACAGCAUCACAGCACCGUCAGUCGGACCGCCGCGGAGGAUGCAGCCGGAGGAUCGAGCCCGACAGCCCUGCGCCGCGCCACGUUUCCUCUGGAGUCAGUCCAGCACCGAAAGGAACCUUACUGCGCUUUAGACCGGGAUCGGCAUCGAGGUAUAAAAAAAAAAAAAAAAGAAAGAAAAGAAAAAAGAAGGAGGGUGAACUCAAAACUCAAAUCAACUGGCUCAGUUUGAACUUGACGCCGGAUAGAAUGGGAGUCGCCCGCGCGGAUGCGGCUCUACGCCGGCUUUAGAAGUUGGACACAUGUGAAUGCCACGACUCUGGACUUUGGACAAGAAUUCCAGCGCAUUUCAGACGGGAAAAAAGCGGGUUUUAUUCCAGUUUAACCGAAUGGUUUUAUGUGCUCAACAUGUGGCACGUUAAUAACAGGCAUCUUUAGUGUUUCUGACGCAUGGACCAUUAUGAUAUUGAUCCCCGAAGAAGCCACGGGCGCUACUUAUUAUUCACAGUAAUGGAAUGAAGAACAUCAUCUUGAUACAAUGGAUGAUAGAUCCAGCAAGCUCAUCUUGGCUCCUAUUUUAGCUGUACUUUUCGUUAUGAUAGGCUACCAGUACAUCUGCCCCGCUGGCAGCAAUUCGUGCUACUUUAAGCCCGGGGAGAAAUCAGCCGGCGUGAGCCUCCUCUCCACCCCGUACCAGGACACCGAGGACCUCUACCGAGAUCAGGACCUCGAGGACGACAGCCCGGCCAGGCAAGCGUCACAGUUCAACUUCACCGAGCGAGACCUGGACAGGCACGUGGAGUUCGACAUCAAAGCGGACGACGUGAUAGUGUUUCUGCACAUCCAGAAGACCGGGGGGACCACUUUCGGGAGACACCUGGUGAGGAAUAUUCGCCUGGAGCAGCCGUGCGACUGCAAGCCGGGCCAGAAGAAAUGCACGUGCCACCGACCCGGGAAAGAGGAGUCGUGGCUCUUCUCCCGGUUCUCCACCGGCUGGAGCUGCGGGCUGCACGCGGACUGGACCGAGCUAACGAACUGUGUGCCCGACAUUAUGGAUAAGAAGCAAGCCCAGAGGAAUAACAGGAACUUCUACUACAUCACCAUGCUGCGAGACCCGGUCUCCCGCUACCUGAGCGAGUGGAAGCACGUGCAGCGCGGCGCCACCUGGAAGACGGCGCUCCACAUGUGCGACGGGCGCUCGCCCACCCAGGACGAGCUGCCCACCUGCUACAGCGGGGACGACUGGUCCGGCGUCACCCUGACGGAGUUCAUGGACUGCCCGUCCAACCUCGCCAACAACCGGCAGGUGCGCAUGCUGGCCGACCUCAGCCUGGUGGGCUGCUACAACCUGUCCUCCAUCAACGACAGCCAGCGCAACCACAUCCUCCUGAGCAGCGCCAUGAGCAACCUGAAGAACAUGGCCUUCUACGGCCUGACCGAGUUCCAGCGCAAGACGCAGUACCUGUUCGAGCGGACGUUCAGCCUGCGCUUCAUCUCCGCUUUCACGCAGAUCAACAGCACGCGGGCCGCCAACGUGGACCUGAGCGAGCCCGUGCGCCGGCGCAUCGAGGAGCUCAACUACUUGGACGUGCAGCUGUACGAGUACGCGAAGGACCUGUUCCUCCAGCGCUUCCAGUCCACCCGCCAGAGGGAGCACCGGGAGGUGCGCUUGAAGAGGCGCGAGGAGAGGCGCUGGCUGAGGGAGCGGAAGGAGCAGGGCAGGCCGUGGUCGCCCAAACACAGGGGGGCAGGGGGCUGGGGCGGGAGAAGGGCGGGGGGAGGCCCGGAGAAAGGGAGCGAGGGGGACUUCCCCACCAGCACCACCACCGAGGACUACACAAGCCAAGUGGCCCGUUGGUGAGGAUUUAGUCUCCAGAGAGA